AUGAAUUUAAUUGCAGUUGUAGUAACUAUUGCAACCCUUCUCACUAUACUCUUAGCUCUCGUAUCUUUUUGAAUCCCCCAGAUAACCCCUGACUAUGUAAAACUCUCCCCAUACGAAUGUGGAUUUGACCCUUCAAACUCUGCUCGUUUACCUUUCUCCCUUCGGUUCUUUUUAAUCGCAAUCCUUUUUUUAUUGUUCGAUCUAGAAAUUGCCCUGCUUCUUCCACUGCCCUGAGGCAACCAACUAACAUCCCCCGUACUGACUCUCUUUUGAGCCACUACUAUUCUUAUUCUUCUUACUUUAGGCUUAAUUUACGAAUGACUUCAAGGCGGCCUAGAAUGAGCUGAAU